GAGUUCAUUGUUCGCUAGCUUGUACUGCUAAUAAUAUUUAGCUGGCUGGAGAAACUGUUUGUAACUACAUCACAUAUUACAAGCAAGUAGAAUAGCUAGCAUAAUAUAUUUUUAAAUCAAAAUCUAUAAUACGAAGAUGAGUAAAAGGAAAGCACCACAGGAAUCCCCAAACGAGGGGAUAACAGACUUUCUUACCGAAUUGGCCAACUAUGAGAGGAAUGUCAACAGAGCUAUCCAUAAGUACAAUGCAUACAGGAAAGCAGCUUCUUCGAUCUCCAAGUACCCCCAGAAGUUAAGAAAUGGGGACGAGGCCAAGAAACUGGAUGGGGUUGGAAAAGAGAUUGCCAAAAAGAUAGAUGAAUUCUUACAAACAGGAACACUCAAGAAGCUGGAAAAGAUUCGUAAUGAUGACACCAGCUCCUCCAUUAACUUCCUCACCAGAGUCACUGGUAUUGGACCUGCUGCUGCCAGGAAGUUCUUUGAUGAGGGAGUGAAGACCCUGGAAGAUCUGAAGAACAUUGAACACAAGCUCAAUCAUCAUCAGCAGAUUGGACUCAAGUACUUCGAGGAGUUUGAGAAGAGGAUUCCUCGAGCUGAGAUGACAAAGAUGGAGACACUUAUUCUACAGGAGCUGAAGUUGGUGGAUACUGAGUACAUUGGGACCAUCUGUGGAAGCUACAGGAGAGGUGCUGAAUCGAGUGGGGAUAUUGAUAUCUUGCUGACCCACCCUAAGUACACUUCUGUGGAUGAGAAACAGCCAAAACUUCUCCAUGCUGUGGUAGAGCAUUUUGAAUCCAUUGGUUUCAUUACAGAAACACUAUCAAAAGGAGACACCAAAUUCAUGGGAGUUUGUCAGCUGCAGCAGAAUGCUGAAGAUGAAGAGGAGUAUCUUCAUAGGCGCAUUGAUAUAAGGUUAAUUCCUAAGGACCAGUAUUACUGUGGUGUGUUGUAUUUCACUGGCAGUGACAUAUUUAAUAAGAACAUGAGGACUCACGCUCUGGAGAAAGGCUUCACCCUCAAUGAGUACACCAUCCGACCAGUGGGGGUCACUGGUAUGGCUGGGGAGCCUCUCAUGGUGGACAGUGAGAAGGACAUCUUUGACUACAUCCAGUGGAAAUACAGAGAGCCCAAAGAACGCAGCGAGUGAAAGGCUGUGUCUUGACAGGCAGCUCAAUUCACCUUUUUCACUGGUCAGGAGACCAAUGUAAUGUGAUUGGUCAAAACAUGAGUCUGAACACACAGAUUUUUUUUAUUCCCAACAUGAUUACAACUGACUUUUUGCAUCAGGAAAUAGAUAUUGAAGAUAUCUAUUGAAAACAAAACAGUACAUGCAAUCAUGCAUUGCUAACACAUUGCUUAACUGUUAUGUGUUCACAGAUUUAUUUAGCGUGGUCAGAAUGCAAAUGUAAAACGGCAACAGUGAGUCUCUGCUUUGUCAUUUUCUCGUUUGGCUAGCUAGGCAACAAGUUGUCUUGUUGACUAUAGAAAUAGAAGGCAUAGGGCUGCUGUUGGGACAAUGAGAAAUAUUUGUGAUGCCUGAUUAGUCACUGCUGCAGCUUCUUUGUGAAUUGUUUUCUUCUAUCACUGGCCAGAUUUAUAUUUAUUGUAUCUGAGACAUUUAUCAUGUUUUUAAGAUGAUGUUAGUUCCAAGAGGAAAACAAAACUGAGUGAUUAAUGGAUAUUAUGUUACAUUUUAUAUGUAAAACUGAACUUUGGGUGUCAACGUAGCUACCCUCAAAAUAAUGGGAUACGGUGUUCAUUUCUAGGUCUUAUGUACUUAGUAACUCAUGUUUUAAUUCAAGAGAUGACACAUGUUUGGUAAGUUCUUAUGGUCCUAUCAUAAGUAUUGAUCAAGGUUUAUGUUAGUGAUACAUCUAAGUAUUUUGAUUAAUUGUUUCUAAUGAUGUGGUUGAAAUAAAAUAAAUGGUUUUCCAAGUUCAUUGAAAAGAUGACCCUGUUAGAAUACAUUGAUGGAAUAAAGACUGAGUGUCAUGGACACCAAGAGC